UACAUAUCGAAGAGUACGCAGUUUUAUUUCUUUGUUUGCUUUUUUUGAAUUGUAACAAUCAAAAUGCCGAACAAAAAGAAAAAGCGUAAUGGUUUUUUUUAUUUUAUGCUUGACUGGAGAAAAGAAGCAAGAAAAUGCGGACUGAUUUUUACAAAUUUGAGUGAAGUUCAAAGUUUUCCUGAGUGUAGUGAAGCAUGGCAGAGGUUAUCUAUUGCUGAGAAACAACGUUAUAAUGAUUUAGCGACAACAAAUAAAUUAUCUAAUAAUUAUAUUAGGCCUAAAUUAAAUUGUCGUGGUGAACCGAUAGAAUUACUUGAACAAAAAGAGAAAGAGUUAGCAGAAUUUAAUAGAAAAAUGCGCGAUCAUAUAUCUAAUAUCAUUAAUAUUGGUUUAAUGAACGAAAAUUUAAAAAAAGUUAAAUUUUACUUUUUACACUUUAAUUGGCUUUACAUUACCGCUGAGCAUGAUUAUGUUCCUGUUGAAUAUGCCAUUGGAGAAUUUACAUUGCAAGACGGUAUCAUCAGAUAUCAUCAUAAAAUUCUUAAUAUAAAACCUAAGAUGGGUUACGCUUGGCAAGCCACUGAAACUAGUAGAAAUGGUCAUAAAAUUCUUCCUGAAUUUUCUGGCGGUGAAACAGAUUUUCGUCGUUUAUACUUUGAAUUCAUAGAUUUUUUAAAACCUGCUAAAAUAAAUGAUGAUAAAUAUCCACCAUUUUUUGUUACGAAACAAAUAUAUAAAGGAGUACCAUCGUUUCUCGAUCAAUUAGCUAAUGCAGCAGAUCGUAUAAAUACAUUUACUAUAUAUUCGAUUGAAUUAUUAUUCACUGCGUUGCGUAAUGCUGCGUUGAAUAAGAAAGGCAUACAAGCCAUUUCAGAAUUUAUUGGAGAAAGAGAAUUUGGGACUGAGAAAUAUGCAUUUGAAAAAGAUAUAGAAUGCAGUUAUCAUGAGAAUAUAGACGGAGGAACUCAGUUUUGUAGUUUGUCAUUAAUAAGACAAUGGUCGUAUAUCAUUUGUGAUUAUACUUGCGAUGGCCUUGAAAUUGAAUAUAGACCUGGUUUUAAUUGUGCUGCUAGUCUGUUGAAGGACUUUUUAUACACGUUUGAGAAUCCUGCAAAACUUGAUGAUAAGAUAAAACCUUCAAAAAAUUGUAGGGAAGAAGUUAUUGUAAAGACAGAAGUAAAAGAAGAAUCAUCAAAAUGUCGUGAAAAUGAAAACCAAAUACAAAGUAUAGACAACUAUAAAAAUAAGGAAUCACAAGUUACUCCUUCUCCUAUUAAAUUUGAAAGGCCAUUGAGAUUACCAAAUACACCGAGCAUUGCUGUUGCUAAAACUAAUACUAAAAAUAUUUCUGACGAAAUUCCAAUUGAAGAUUUUGAUAACUUGAACAUCAGAAUUGCAAGAGGGAGAGCAUCGAUACUUUCUAGAACUACUUUUACUAAAUGUGGAUUUUUAAGAGGUCGUGGUAGAGGAAUUCCAGAAUAAACUAAAGAGUAUAGUUUUAUUCAAAGAUGUCGAAAUUAAUAUUUUUGUACUUUUAUAUGUUAAUCUAGAGUUGUUUUCUAUAAUAAAAUAUAAUAACAAUCUAGAGCAGGGGUCGGCAACCUGUGGCUCGCGAGCCACAUGCAGCUCUUUGGAUGUGAAGCUGCGGCUCUUUAGUUAAAAAGAGUUUAGUAAAAAAAAAAAACAUUUUUUUUUUAAAUCGUUCUGAAUUGAUUAACGAGGAACCGAUGAAUAAAUAGAUGAGUUUUUUUUUCUUUUUAUCAAAAAGAUGAUUUAUUUAUGCGAGUUAUGCGAGUACUAUUUCUUUUGUUGACAAGAAAAAAUUUGGUUGCUCUUUAAAUCUUUGAAAUUUUGUAAAUUGUAAUUUUUUGUUCUUUCGUCUCAAAAGGUUGCUGCCGACCCCUGGUCUAGAGUACAUUAUUAUUUUUUUAUAUAAGUAUAAAAAGAUAAGAAUAAAAU